AUGAAAAGACCCGGAUCGAACAAACGGCCUGCCAAGUCGAAAGACGGCGCCGAAAGCCGGCCCAAGCGGGCCAACCGUGGCCGCCAGCAGUUGCGCACCAUCACCAGAACGGCUCGGCGCGAUGUGGAUGCGCCAGUUGAAGAAACGCCCGAGUCGCUGGAGUCGGAGGCAGAAGAAGCGGCGCCAGAGGAGAAGAAGUUCGAGCAGGGGAAGGCGUACGAUGCGUUGUUGACGCUUCUCCAGUCGGAGCACCCGGAGAAGAGCGACAAGAAAAAGACCGCCAGCAGGCACGAAGAAGACGAUGUGGCUGGCGUCAAUUUGGAGGAGGACGACGACGACGACGACGAAGAAGAAGAAGAAGAGGAAAACGACGAAGUUGAAGACGACGCAAACGAACACGGCGACCCGUUCGAAGUGCAUUUUGGCGUGGACGACGAGGCGGUGGCGGCCAAAGCGGCGCUUCUUUCCGCGCGGUGGCCCGUGGCGCACAAGGCCAAGGUGGGCGCGUACGCCGUGACCACGCACGCCAGCCCGGGCGAGAAAACCGCCGCUUGUGAGGCGCCGCGCGCGCAGACGCUCGGCGCGCCCGUCAAGAAAAGGGUCGCCGACGCCUUUGCCGCGCGCCACCCGGCGCCGUUCUCGCCGCUCGAGCAAGAGUUGGCCCACCACAUCUUCUCGUACCGCGACGUGCUCUACGCCAGCAGAACCUACGACAACACCGUCCACCGCAAGCUCUACGCGGCGCAUGUGCUCAACCAUGUGUUCAAGACACGAGACCGUGUGUUGAAGAACAACGACGUGCUCAAAAACUACCACAGCGCCCAGCAGCAGGGCAAGGCGACGGGGCCCGAGCCCGAGCCGCGCGACCAGGGCUUCACGCGGCCCAAGGUGUUGAUCUUGUUGCCCACGCGCAACGCCGCGUACGAGGUGGUGGAGCAGCUCAUUGGCAUGUCGGGCGCCGCGCAGCAGGAGAACCGGCGGCGGUUCAAGGCGCAGUUCCACGCCGACGGCGGGCCGCCCGACCUGAAGCCGGCCGACUUCCGCGCCAUGUUCCACGGCAACUCCAACGACUUCUUCAGCAUCGGCCUCAAGUUCACCCGCAAAAGCGUCAAGUUGUACGCCUCCUUCUACGGCGCCGACAUCCUCGUGGCGCUGCCCAUCGGCCUCGCCAUGAUCCUCGAGGACCCGAAGCAGGCCAAGCGCGAGUACGACUUCUUGUCCUCCAUCGAGGUGCUUGUCGUGGACAGGGCCAACGAGCUCGAGAUGCAAAACUGGGACCAUGUGCACACGGUGUUGCGCUACAUCAACAAAAUCCCCAAGGACUUCCACGGCGCCGACUUCUCGCGCAUCCGCAUGUGGGCCAUCAACGACCACGCCCGCCUUUUGCGCCAGACCUUGGUGUUCUGCGACUUUCUCACCCCAAGCGUCAGCAACGUCAUCACCCACUCGCAGAACAUUGCCGGGAAAACCCGUUUCCGGCCCGAAACCACGGCCCAGACCUGUGUCAUGAACUCGGUCGGGCUCCGGCUCAAGCAGAUCUUCCAGCGCUUCGAUGCGCCCGACCCGCAGUCGAGCGUCGAUGCCCGCUUCCGUUUUUUCGUCAACUCGGUCUUGCCCUCGCUCUCCAAGCAAACAAGCUACGACGACGGUCUUUUGAUCUACGUGCCGUCUUACUUUGACUACGUGCGCCUCAAGGCCCACAUGAAGACCCAUACAAAGCUAGACUUUUCUGCCAUCGACGAGUACUCGCUGCGGGCCAAAAUCACCAGGGCCCGCCACUUCUUCCUGACGGGGAAAACAAAGUUGCUCUUGUACACCGAGCGGUUGCACCACUACCGCCGCUUUGAGCUUGCCGGCGUCAAGAACAUUGUCUUGUACGGACCUCCGGAAAACCCUCUUUUCUACAAGGAGCUUCUUCGUUUUGUGGGCAAGUCCGUGUUCAAAGGCGACGCGGAUACAGACUUGUCGUUCAUCAAAACCAUUUACUGCAAGUGGGAUGCGGCGGCGUUGGAGCGCAUCUGUGGAGCAGAAAAGGCUGCUGUGCUCUGCAACUCCGUCAACGAGAUGUUUGAGUUCCGCUAG